AAGCUUAUCAAGAUGCAAUCCCCUCACCUUAUUUCUUACCAAUAUCGUGCUGAGAUUUGAUGACUGGUUACUAUGUCAUCGAACUUCAAUGCCCUUGCUCUGCUUCCCGCUCUGUCGCUAAUAUUCGGUAAUGGGGGCCGGGGGUUAAAGGUUGGUGAUGCGUCAAAUUUGGAAGUGCUUCGGUUCGGUAAAUGUCGACUGAGAAGGAGUUUCAGGAAAGUGUGUGGAUUCAGGGUGAUGGCCGCUGGGAAUGCUGUCGAUUCGACUGGUGGCGAGCAAGUGGAAGGUGGAGUUAGAGUUGGCUUUGCUGCAAAGGCAUUAGAAUCUGAUAGAGUGGUGGGUUCUUUGCGCGGGACGAUUAAUGAUCUGCCUUCCUUUGUUGCUCUGGUGAAAAAUGCUCAAUCGAAAUAUGCUGUGGGUUUUUAUAUGACAUUAACAGUUGUGCUGAUGGUUGCAUGUCAAAUUUUGUCUAAAAGGAAGAUUCAGACGCAGCAUGGUUCUGUAGCUGAACUUGUUAAGCGGGGGCAAUUGCGAGCUAGUAGAAGAGGCAUCUUAAAGUCUGAUCUGAAGUAUGAAGAUCCUUUUAACAACCCACAAGUGAAGAUUCAAAAAAACAAUUCAAAAAUUGAAAUGUGUGGAAAAGUUUACCGGCUUGCUCCAGUAACCCUUACACAAGAGCAGCAGUUCAUUCAUCUGCAGAGAAGAUCAAGAGCGUAUCAAUGGAAAAGACCAACAAUUUUUCUCAAAGAAGGAGAUCUGGUGCCCCAAGAUGUUGAUCCGGAUACAAUCAGAUGGAUUCCAGCCAAUCACCCUUUCGCAACAACUACCACAGAAAUGGAUGAAAUUAUGGCACAAAACAACGUGUUCCAGAAAGACGGUGUUCCAUUUCGUGUACGAGCUGAACAUGAAGCAUUGCAAAAGAAGCUGGAGGCUCUAGAAAAUGCACAAAAUGAAGUAGGAAUCAACAGAAACAACAUUAAUGAAUGGGAAAGGUCAUCCGGGCCAUCAUCUAAACUAUGCGAAAAAGUACAGCCAAGCCCUUCUCUUGAAAAACAGAAUGGCGAGUCCAGUUCUACAGGUAACACAAAAUAAUCUGAUAAACCCGACAAUUUUUAGCUGGCUUGCAGUUCUUAUGCUAGAGUAAGAUCCAUCUUAAGUUGAGGAUUUGUGCAGCUUCCUCUUGUUAUAUAUCUUAGAAUUUUAUUUUUGUUACUCUAAUAGCUCUCAAUCUUAUGCAAUGAAAUUCUUCUCAUGACUGUUUUGGUCCUCGCACAGUGAUCACAUGCUCAUGUGUUCAGUUUCUUAAUUUGCUUUUUUUGUUUAAUAACAUGUAGAACAUUAUAAUCGAAAAAGUCAUGUAUUUGUGAGAAAUUCAUUGACUCUGUUUAGGGGAAGACAAAUCCUAUUAUUGACAUAAAAAAUAUAAGGGCUCA